CAGAGUAUAGUACUGAAGUAGUAUCAAAGAGAGAGAGAAUGAGGCGGAUUGAUUACCUAUCGAUGAGAGCCGAAGCAGAAGCCGCUGCAUUGUUGGACGCCGACUUGAACGAGCUCAAGGCUGCCGCCACAAAACUCCUCAGCCACGCCUCCGAUUUCGGCGCCGGCACCUCCUUUUUCAAAUGGCUCGCCUCCUUCGCCGCCAUAUACCUAUUGAUCCUGGAUCGGACGAACUGGAGAUCGAACAUGCUCACCUCGCUCCUCAUCCCCUACAUCUUCUUCAGUUUGCCGCACUCGCUCUUCAAAUUUCUGAGGGGAGAGGUCGGUACGUGGAUCGCCUUCGUCGCGGUGGUGCUCCGCCUCUUCUUCCCCCGCCACUUCCCCGAUUGGCUGGAGAUGCCGGGAUCAUUGAUUCUCCUGCUCGUGGUUUCGCCGGAGUUCUUCGCUCACACUCUCAAACAUGACUGGAUCGGAGUAGCGAUUUGUCUCGCGAUCGGGUGUUAUCUGUUGCAGGAGCACAUCAGAGCAAGUGGCGGAUUCCGGAACUCGUUAACGCAGAGCCAUGGCAUAUCCAACACAUUGGGGAUUAUCCUCCUCUUGAUCUUCCCUAUUUGGGCUCUGCUAACACGUCUCCUUUGAUACUCACACAAAAAUGGACAUUAUUAGAUUUAUUGGCAACAUUAUUAGAUUUAUUAUAUUUAGUCUAAUUUUUAUUACGUA